ACUGAGCCAUUCGUACGCGCGCGUCCGUGGUUCAAAAACGUCGUGUUUAAUCGCUCAAAACCAAACAUGGGCGAUCCGGCGCGACCAAACGUGAUUAGACGCUACCGAACGUGCGCCUCGUUUUCUUGUGCGAAUACAACCCGUAUGGCGACUGUUUUUCAAACUACUUUAAAGCCAAUUUUAUUUUUAGGCCAGAUUAUGGGUUUAAUUAAUUUUUCGUAUACAUUAGAACCUACCGGACUGUUAAUUCGAACUUCAAACUCACCAUAUUAUUCAUUUCUCGAAAUAUUCCGAAUGUGCUUUUUGAUAAUAUGUACCUAUCUGGUUCAUGUCAGAGGAAUUUAUUAUGUGCAGCAAUUCCGUUUGAUAAAAUUUUGGGUUAUCAUAAUCUUCGCAAGAGUAUCGGAAACAUGGAUAAUAAAGUUAAUUAAUGGCAUCGUAGAAUAUGAUAGAAAACAUAAAACUUUUUCACCAGAGUUGUUACUUUAUAAACGUAGUCCGAGUAAAACAUGUUGGAAUAUUAUUUUAUUAUCAUUCUUUAUAUAUUUUAUUGGAUAUGAAACAUGUGUCUUUUUCUUAUGGCGACCAAAAUCAUUAGACCUCAGCGUUAUUCCAAUUUAUUUGUUCAGUAUGCCUAACAUAAUAGACUUUACAAUUCUUAUAGUUGUGUGUUUUUUCCUUAGUAAUAUAGGAUUUAGAUUUCUAGCGUUAAACAAUUUUUGGAGAUGUCUUCCGGUAGAUUUAGCUCCCAUUUCCGGCGAAUGGUCACAUUCUGAAAUAGUCAUUCUGAUAGAAAAUAUUAGAUUGCUGCACGCUGAACUUUCUGAAAUAUUAAAAAUAUUCAAUUUAGGUUACGGUCCACUGUUGUUAGGUUACUUUGUAGGCAGUUUUAUUGAUUUGAUGUAUGUAUUUUACUUGAUGAUUUACCAUGAAUUUAAAUUACCAAAUCGCAGUUUAACCGAAAAAAUCAUAAAAUAUUUGCCUUUACACAUUUUCAACAUACAAAUCAUAGUUUUUAUAAUCUUCAUCGUCGUGGCUGCUUCGUGGAUACACGAUAUGAAAAAAGAAAUUAUAUCAUAUUUACGAUUGUACAAGAUAUCGUGUUUACCGUUCGACAUAAAGAUACAAGUAAAAAUGUUUAUGAAUCAAAUUUCAAUAUCACAAUUGGACGAAAUCACAGCAUAUGGAUUUUUCACUGUUAAUAUAAGUCUUGUUGUAACAAUAAUUGCCUUAUUAAUGACUGGAUUUUCAACAUUGAUACAACUGAGAAACCAUCCGAUUAUUAUGGAAUUAAGCAAUAAUACUUAUCAAUUCCAUCAAGAUAUAUGAAAAACGGUAAAAUUAAAGAAAAUUUAUAAAAUU